GUCUCUGCUGUCCAAUUGCAAUGAAGUCCGUGAUUCUGUUGGGUCUCCUUGUGGUGGUAUCCCUCAAUGUCUGCCGCGGGAAUCCCUUAACUGAUGCUCAUACCUAUCUUCAUGCCAUCUUCCUGGAUCAGAAGAACUAUUUCGAUGGGAUUAGGAUCUUCGUGGGGACCUACAGUGAUUAUGUGACGUACGAUUUGAUGGCGAUUGUAACAGCUGAGAUUGAGGGAUGGCAGAGCCGUGGUAAGACCUGCCGGGACAGCGUUCUCCGGCCAAGGAGUACUCCUGAAUUUGGGGAAGCUUUCAGCAUCUGCGUCUAUGGGGCUGCAAGUCAUCUCGCGGACGUUCAGUACCUCAUCCUGGCCAAUGUGGAGGCAGAACAGGUGGAGACGCAUGAUAUUCAGAUGGCCCUAAUGAAGGAACUGCAGACCUUCAACAUUCUCCAGGACUACAAUGCCUUCCUUUCGUACGCCAUGGAGAUGGGUCGACAGAUUGAGGAGAGAUUCUACAGUGUGCGCUACCCACAGCUCAUUGAUACACUCGAAGGGAUGGAUUGGGCUAUGGACAACCUUCCUGGACUCCUGCAGAAUUGCAUCAAUGAUAUCCCGCGGCAAUUUACUUUGUCAUGCUAAAAGCUGAGAUGAAGAAAGGAAUUCUCGCAAUUAAAUGCCA